CCACCCCGUAUUAAAAGCUACGAAAUUUGCAGUUAUAUCCCAUAUCUGGAUUUCUCCUAAUCCCACACCCUUGUCUCACCUCCUAUUUUGCUUUUCUACGCGGCGGCGCGUGUUUCCCGCUCGCCUUCGUAAAAUAAUCUGGAAAUGGGCCAAGCCGCUUCCGCCCACCCCUAUUCUCCCGGCGCCUCCAAUCAUUUUCGCAGUUCCAACCUUGACCUGCACCACCUCCGUCCCACUUACACUAAUUCCCAGCUUUCCGAGGAUGUUUGCGUCAAUAACCAACUCGACUACACCUCCGAGAUCCCCGACGAAUGCUUGGCGCUGAUCUUCCAAUCCCUUAGCUCCGGCGACAGGAAGCGCUGCUCCUUGGUCUGCCGACGAUGGUUCUCCGUGGAGGGCCAGAGCCGCCACCGCCUUGCUCUCAAUGCCUCCUUGGAGGUCGCCGACCACCUCCCCUCCAUCUUCAAGCGCUUCGACUCCGUCACCAAACUCGCCCUCCGCUGCGACCGUAAGUCCGUCAGCAUAAACGACGAGGCUUUGACCUUGAUCUCCCUCCGAUGCCACAACCUCACCCGGCUCAAGCUCCGGGGAUGCCGCGAAAUCUCUGACCUUGGUAUGUUCGCUUUGGCUAAAAAUUGUAAAUCUUUACGCAAAUUUUCCUGUGGAUCCUGUAUGUUUGGAGCUAAAGGCAUGAACGCGCUCUUGAAUAACUGCUCCUCCCUGGAGGAGCUCUCUGUUAAACGUUUACGGGGAAUUAAUGAUGGAUCUACGGCUGAACCGAUUGGUCCUGGGAUUGCUGCUUCGUCCCUGAAAUCAAUCACGCUUAAAGAGCUUUACAAUGGGCAGUGCUUUGGGCCCUUGAUUAUUGGAUCCAAGAAUUUGAAGACUUUGAAGAUUUUGAGGUGUCUGGGGGAUUGGGAUAGAUUGUUGGAGACAAUUACUAUGAGGAAGAAUUGUUUGACGGAGAUUCAUUUGGAGAGGUUGCAGGUGAGUGACGUGGGACUAAUGGCAAUUUCUAAGUGCCCGGAUUUGGAGAUCUUUCAUUUGGUGAAGGCCCCUGAUUGCUCAAAUGAUGGGAUAUCUGCGAUUGCCGAGAAUUGUAAGCUUUUGAGAAAGCUCCAUAUAGAUGGGUGGAGGACGAAUAGGAUAGGUGAUGAGGGAUUGAUUGCCAUUGCAAAGAAUAGUGUGAAUCUUGUGGAAUUGGUGCUUAUUGGGGUGAACCCGAGUUCUAUGAGUUUGAUGGUGAUGGCCUCUAAUUGUCAAAAGUUGGAAAGAUUGGCGCUCUGCGGCAGUGAAACCAUUGGAGAUCCUGAGAUUUCAUGUAUUGCAGCUAAAUGUACAGCGCUGAAGAAGCUUUGUAUAAAGGGUUGUCGUGUGACGGAUGCUGGCAUUGAGGCAUUUGCCUUUGGUUGUCCCAAUUUGGUGAAGAUUAAAGUUAAGAAGUGCAGGGGAGUGACUAAUGAAGUUGCUGAUUGGCUGAGGGCGAGGAGAGUAACAUUGUCUGUGAAUUUGGAUGCAGAUGAGAUAGAACCUGAGGCUUUGGAUGCAAGCACAAGUGACGGAGGAGCACAGGAUGAGGGGGUAGAGUUCCCUCCAAUAGUUAGUGGAGCAGCAUGUAAUGGUGGAAAUGUUGCUGCAGAUGUUGGUGCUCCAUCAACGAGUAAUGGAGGUCGAUUGCCCACUAAGUCAAGGUUUAGCCUUUUUUCUGGAAGGACGCUUGUUGCUUGUGCUUUUCGAAGAUUAUCAAAUGGCCCUGGUAGUUCAAAUGAUAGCUUAUGAAUGAACUGGACGAGUGUUGGAAACCUGUGAACGUCACAAAUGGGACUGGUGGUUCAAAUGAUAGCUUACGAAUGAAAUGGACGAGUGUUGGAAAUCUAUGGAGCUUGUUCAGUCUUUAAUGUUUGUCUUUAUUCUACCAGGAGUGGCUACAAUCUGUAUUUGACUUGUCUUCUUGUAUGUUGCGCAUCAGUGUUAUGGGUUGUCAUAUGUAAUCCUGCCACUUAAUUACUUCUUAGACCCCCUUUCUAUUAUACUUUGUUCAAUGAUUGUCUUC